AUUUCUUAUUCACUUUUAUUCACUUCCAAACCAUGUUCAGCAAGACUAUUUCCCGCAUUGCCACUCGCUCUACUAUCCGUCUUCCUAGCCGGUAUACCAGCACGCUGAGCGGAGCCGAGGGAGCCACUGCCUCUAGUAAAGGCGCCUUUGGUGAGAAAGAGAAGGCCCUCGAGAACCAGUGGGCACGCGCACACGAUGCUGAAAAGAUCAAGCUACUGCGCGAGGCCCUCAAGAAGCAGCAGGAGCACACCGCCGAGCUCCAGAAAGACAUCGAAGCUCUCAAGAAUGCUAGCAAGAAUUAAAACAAAACUAAACUAAAAAAAAACAUUCACUCCACUACCAAACCACUAUAUACUUCAUCAAAUACAGAAUAAAAUUUAAAUACAAUAUAAUUGUAUAUGUUACAUAUC